CUUAACUGAAAUUUCCUAAUUUUAAGCAAAAAUCCGGUUUUCUUAUCUGUAGAAAGUACUUUCUACAUUGCAUUGAACAAAGACAAAAAUCUCAUAAGCAGAUUCUAUCUCAUGUAGUCGUCAGAGUAAUGUCUAGAUUUUACAUUCUGGGGGUUGUAGAAUACGCAAUAAAAGUAGAAGUUGCAUUCGAUAGAAAGUAGUUAUCUUUACAGUUAGUAAAACUCACAUUCCUCCUAUUUAGAGUUUUAAAUAAAAGUAGAUUGUUUAUUCUAGAAAAAGUAGAUGAACUGGUUUAAUCUAGAAUUCACAUUCUACUAACUCAUUUUUGGUAGAAGAUGAAUUCUACGUUUAGUAGAAGGUAAUUUCAAAAUUACUUUUAUCAAAAUUUUCAACCAAAAAAAAUAUAAGUUUGUGUAUUGGCUUUAUCAAUUGUUUCUAUUUUUACAGUUUUUUUGAUUCAUAAAACUAUUUAUUUCCUUGACUUUUAGAAUUGGAAAGGUUAAAAGAAAGAAAAAGUAGACAAAAAUUUUUUAAACCAAAAGGACAACCAUGCUAAAUUUUUGUUUCGUUUUGGCAAUUUUUCCAAACAAUUAUGACUUUAAAUUUAUUGCAUAUGUAAUGUAAAAUAAUGUAAUAGUGUUGUUGGUUAUCGUUCUUAUACCAAAAAAUUGUGUGAAAAAUCUAACAUCAUUUAUAAUGGUUAGUCAACCUUAUAAAAUUUGUGUUAACGUUUCAUGGAAUUGGUCUUUGGUUGUGUUUGAGAUUUAUCUUUUAACCAUGUCAAAUUACGGUUUAGAGGUGGACUGAUUUUGUGUUUAAACUAUAGAUAUUAUAUCAUACUAGAGAUCGCGGUUUGUUUGUUUAUAAAAUUAAUGUUUGAAAAGAUAUAAGUUUUAAAAUUUACAAUAAAAAUAUCUUAAUUUUAUUAUAGUUGUAUUAUUUUUUGUGAUUAACUAUUUUCUAUAAUUUUAACCAAUCAUAAUUCAAUAAUCACAAUUUUAUUUAUUUAAAGUUUACAAUUACAAUUAUUAUUAUCUAAUAAAAAUAUGUUAAAAAUGUAAAAAUAUAUCUUUUAAAACCGUUUUUUGUCCUCCAAAACAUUCAUAAUUUUGAAAUAGGAGUAUAACUUAAAACAUAAAAUUUAAAGUAAAGUAAUUUUAUUGUGUGCUAUAUUAUAUGAUAUUUCAAUUUUAAAAUUUGUUUGGUAUUUAUUAUUUCGUAAUUAAUAUUUAUUAUAAAACUGUGGAACCUGUAGGAGAUUUUAUUAUGUAGGAGAUUUUAUUAUGAACGAUUUCAUAUUUAGAUACUACGUAAAAGUACUUUGGAUAGAUUAUGUGCAUUACACAUAUGCAGAUAUGUUUGUCAUUAGUAUUCUGUAUAAAAUAAUAUAAGAAAAAUUUACACUGAAAGACAUAUUUUGACUUUCUAUUUACAUUUACAGACACAACUCACUUGUCACACACAUUUUCUAUGUGGUUUUCCCUUCUAUCCCUAGACUAACAAACUCUAUAUUUUCCUAUUUUCUAACUAAACAGAAAAUGGUUUCAUAAAACAACAAGUUCUGAUAAGCAUUCUCUCUCCUAUCUCAAUCUAAACCAAUUUCCCAAAUACAAGAAAUCUAAUUUUUGAUUUGGGAUUAUCGUGAUCUUAAUCUCAUAUUCCCUAUGUUCCCGAAAGAAUGAUUUUCUAAAGUAUUCACGCAUAUUAAGAAAAUAAUAAAUAUUUACAAUUGAAUUUAUUAUUUAGUUUAUUAUACAUUUUCCAAUAAAUAUCAACCAAUAAUAUUCAAUCAAUUCUAAUAUUUUCAAUUAAUGUUUCUUAAAAGUAUACAACUUUUCAGCAUUAACUACUAAAAGUACCUUAAAAUUUUAGAAAAUCUAUCAUCUUGGAACAAAAAGUAAAUCUAGAAAAUCCUACUUUCAGGAACAGAGAGAGUAUUUUCUACAAGAACUCAAAUCAAAUAGUAUCAAUCGCAACCAGAAACGGUUAACAGAUUCGUUGUAGUAGCUGUUGAUACAUAAAGAGAGAUCGAAGAGGAAGAGGAGAAAUGGAGGAGGAGAUGGUUGGAAGAGGCGGAAAGGAAAGCUUUUGAGACACAAGGAGAUAUCAAUGAGGAAGAGGAGGAACAAAGCGAGAUUUUUUAUUUCCUGAGAGAGUAAUGGUGAUGGAGAAGAAGAAGAAGAUGGAGUUUAAUAAACCCUUAUCUCGAUUGAAACCCAAUCUCCACUGUUUUUGAUUCAUUCCGACCUAAUCGGCGGUAUCUGUUUUGCGGCCGUCAUCUCUUAGCCACCGCUGAACAACGCACUCCACACAUCCUUGUUUCUGAAACCAACAGUUGCUCACAUACAAGGUAAAUUUCUUGACUUUUUGGUUAAAUUUAAAGUUCUCACGCAAAGCUUUGAUCUUGAGAAUCUUAUAUGCUUUUUUCAAUUUGUCUUAGGAGGAGAUUUGAGGAUUUAGAUGGCAGCAAAUUCAGAUGGGGGUCAUCUGGGAAGAGCUGAGCGCAGCUGGCGGAGGAGAGUUACCACCUGCAGCUUGCGUUGCCGUUGCGAUUUUGGACUUAGGAUACUUGCGCCGACGAGCCUGCGACUUCACCAAGUUCAGCCGAAACGGUUUCAUAUCAUUUCUGGGUACUGUUUUAAUUGCAUCUCAUUCCUUCAUGUUUAGCUUUGUGUUCACAAAUUUUUUUAAAAGCUCUGAAAGUCUAAUUGUCUAGUGCUUUGAUUUUCUUUUUUUUUUUGAAAAAGAAGUGCUUUGAUUUUCUUGGUUUAUUGAAAGCUCUGUUACAGUGAUAUUGUUCUCUUGUUUCCAAGUUUCAACUAGAUCUCUUAAACCACUCAGAUCCUAUGAUAUCAUUAAAAAUUUGGGUUUAGCUUUAUUGUGGAUGCUUCAUGUGUUGUUGAAGGUUUAGAGGUUGUGCAUUAAAUUAUUGACGGUCAUUAUGGUAAACUAUAGUGUUUUACAAGUGUUGGUGAGCUUACUUUACAAGCUUUUACUUUUACUAGGUCAAAACCCGCGCUACGGCGGGAUAAAAUUUUUAAAUUUUGUUAAUUAGAUAUAUAAAAUAAUGGUGAUGAUAUAAGUGUUAUUGUUAAUUUUUUUCUUCUUUUAAAUAUGAAUUUCUUGGCUUAAUUAUAUAUUAUAAUGGUAAGUAUUUAUUAUCCAAACAAAUGACGAGUUUUCCUAGAAUUUUAUUUUAGGUAGUAUUAUUUGAUAUUACAUACUCAAAAAGAUUUAUAAAAGAAUUGCAAAAAUAAAAUUUAGAAUUUACUGUAAAGUUGUUUUUUUUGUCAAAUUGUAAAGUUGUUUUUUAUUUGUUCUAUAAAAUCAAUUCAUAAAUUUUAAAGGUAUAUGUUUCAUUUAUUGUAAUAAGUGUUUUAUUUGAUUCUGAUCAAAAAUAUUCUAUAAGUAAAAAGACAGAUUUAUGAUAAGUUUCUUUUUGAAUGACAAUGGUUUUCUUCUCUCUCUCUAUUAUAAGAUCGACGAUCUCAUUACACUCUACUUUAACAACCAACCGGUAUGUAGUAGUCAAUAAAUUGCUGAUGCCUAGGCCUGCUACAUGUGCAACCGCAUGCAGACUAAUAUUUCAAACUUGUAUGUUUCUUUGUUUAAUAUGUAUGUUUCCGAUUUUGAUGUUGCCAUUUGCCAAACUAACAAUUAAAAGGAACAUAGAAAAUAUGGGAUUUGGAAUUUCGGAAUUUUGGAAUUUCAUGUGUUAUAAAAAGCAUUUCAUGUGCUAUACGAAAACAAAAAUCAUGUGCUAAUAUGUUAUCCCUUAGGUAUUUCAUGAAAUGGAUAUAGUUUUUCUUUUGUAUUCCAAGUCUCUGUAAACAGGGUCAAUCUUAAACCAUGUCCGGACCAUCAAACUCGGUUUUUUCAUAAACAAAAGUUUUUGUAAAUCCCAUUCCUCUUUCAGUUUUCAACCUUCUUUCCCGUCAACUCUUUCUCUUUCUUAUGUGCUUUACGUGACUAUGUCCACAGUCUCCACUAUUUCUCAUGCACCUUAACAUUACCAACAAUCAAGCGAUAUAUGGAUCAUAAUAAGGUAAGUAACACACAUGCUUAAAAUCUCAGAGAGUUCAAACUUUGUAAUUUGAUAUAAUAUGAGAGGGAAUAGCAUUAAUGGUAAAACUUAAGAGAGACAAAAGAUGCUAACAAAACAGUUCAAAUGAAGUAGCGUACUUUUCAUUGCACGCUUCUAGGCUUCUGCAUACCCUAUAGACUGUUUAUGUAUGGAUCUCAAAUCAACUUCAUUACCCAGAUUAGAAAAAUAAUAAAAAUGUUCAACAUUACCCUUUAUAUAUACUCUUCUGUCUAAGGAAAGGGUAUCUCGUACUCACCAUACCUAAAUGAAUGAAUUGUAAUCUCGGUUUUCAGAGGUUAGCCUGUUCCAUUCAAGAUGAGAAUCAUAUUACUAAAAAGGUUAUAUCAAACACAAUUGUUAGUCUUACUGAUACGUUUUAAGGAACAAAGUGACAUACUUUCGGUAAGCACACAGCACAAGUGUGUUCUGUAGGUCUAUUGAUUGAUGAAGUUUCUCAGUUGUUGAGGCUCCAUCAAAGCUCCAAAUAUAAAUAUGUUUUUCUCAAGCAUUUGUUUCCCCACUUGACUGUCGGUAAAAUUAGAACCUUGUUCCAAAAAGAAAAAGCAUGGGAGAAUCUGCUUGCCUCAUGCAGCCAUUCUCAUACGCAGCUCCACAGGGAGAUUCUCUUGGUGCUUUAGGACAGUCAGUGUCCUUUGGGAGAUUCAUGUCUGAGAAACUUGACUGGAAAAAAUGGUCAUCUUUCCCGACACAGAACCGUUAUGUGGCGGAGGCAGAAAGAUACUCGAGGCCAGGGUCUGUGGCUCAGAAGAAAGCCUUCUUCGAAGCUCACUACAAGAAACUCGCUGCUGCAAGAAAAGCUGCUGCCGAAGAGGCACUCUUGCUCCGACAGCUAACCUCUGAUGAGUUGGUUCCAGUUCAAGAAGAUAUCAAUGGCGUAGGAAAGAAAGAAUCAGACCCGGUUCUUGAGAUUCCAAGAGCAUCUUUAGAUGCUGAAAUGAAAGUAGUUGCAGAAAAAGUAAGCAGGUCUGGUAAUAGACAGUCUGAUGAGAAAGAGAACCGUGGGAAAGACAAGUCAGAGAUCAAUGGCAAAGGCUCUACAGUUAAAAAAGAACAACAGGUUGAGGAGAAAACGCCUAUGAUCCUUAAGGUAUAUUUUUUUUAUUAAAGUUUUUGUUUCCCUGGGUUCUUGUUCUUCAUCUGUUAGUUGUUUGCAGAAGAAGAAAUACAAAGAAGCACAACCAAAGAGCAGUACAAAGCCGAGAGUGUCUAAGCUCAAUAUAUCAGAGAGGACUCCAAGUCAAAAGCCUAGUAGUAACAAGAGCAGCUCUUACAAUUUCACACCAGCAAAAGAGUUCAAUAGGCUAGUGUCCAUGAUAAGGAAGAUUGAUGGGUCAACAAGAGCUUCUUCUUCUUCUAAGCUACAAACCAAAGAAUGCAAAACUCCUCUCCGGACACCAUAAAGCAAUAAUAAGGUGAGUGUUUCACUCAUUUUAUGUUAGGGUAAACCAAGAGUGCCUUAUGUUCUUGUGAUUGGAUUAACUGUAGGUGUCUGCAAAGGGAAUUGUGGAGGACUCUUUGUUCACCACACCUUUGUCUAGUAACAGAAGGUAAAACACACUGCCUCAAUUAACUCUACUUAAAUGAUGUGUGGUUAGAGAAGUAACUCAUCAGGUGUUAAAAGUAAAUGCAGAGCUCAUGAUUCUUCUACCAAGACAGGUCGAGGAAGAUGGAAUUUCCUUCCCGCAGGGUAAGAACUCAUCUUUAAUUAAAUGAAUUAUUGCACAAUUCAGCGCUAUAAGAAAAUGGAGCUGGAGGAGAGUGAGGAGAAGGAUGAAGAUGAGAAGUCUGAGGAGUUAGACAGAACGCCUGAGCAGGAGUUACAUGUUCUGUCACUAAACUCGAUGGUGGGAAUCAAUUCGAAGAAGACUAUAAAGAAGAAAGGGAGAGAAGAUAAGAUUUAACUUUAGUGAUCAAUUAUGAUAAGAUCAAAUGUUUACAACUCAAGGUAUUAAAUAGAUAAUGUAAGACAUCAUACGACAACGUUUAUUUAAAUAUGAGACUUGUCUCUAAACCUCUCACACAAUGAGAGUCUUUGCCUCAUGUCCUUCUUCCUUCAGCCACUCUUCUUAGUCCUCUUCGACCUUGACCUUCUCUGUGCCAUAGCUAGAGGAACUGCUAGCUUAUCAGAUAGAUUCAACAAAUGGUAACACUUACGAAGUGAGGUACAAUCCGGAACUUGGGUUUAAAAGGUUGGAUCUCAUGAAGGUAAUAGAGACAGUAAAGACCUCCGAGCCUCCUUGAAAAGGAAUCAUUACUCACCAUUUGACCUGUAGACAAAGGCUAGCUUGUGAGCUUAGCUAAGAAAACAAUCACAAUGUGGAGGCAGACUAGUCUUUGCCUCCUGUCCUUCUUCCUUCAGCCACUCUUCUUAGUCCUCUUCGACCUUGACCUUCUAUGUGCCAUAGCUAGAGGAACUGCUAGC